UAUAAUAUCUUUAACCAUGAUGGAUGGCGUCUCCAAACUGUUGUGGAUUUGGGAACCCGAUCUGACACGUCCAAACCUAACAACUCACCGGUGACCGCAAUAAUACCCAUCAUCAGGGUUCCUCAAAAUUGCCCGAUCUCCAUUAAUUUAUUGGCCCAUGAUCCCGAUGGAGACAAUGUACGAUGUAGAUAUGGCAUAAUAAACACGGGAGAAUGUGCAACUUGUUACCACCAUCCACGUUUCAACUUGGAUCAAGAAAACUGUGUUCUGUCACUGCAUGCUACAAUUUCAAGAGGUGUCUACCCAUUUGAGAUGGUACUGGAAGAUUUUGCCAAAAACGACAUUUAUCUGAGAUACAGCGACGGCUCAGUUAGUUACAAAUCCGAACAAUAUGUCCGAAAGAGGCGUGCGAUGACAAACUAUAACUGGUGGACAGCCACAGAAGAUACUUCAACCGAAUUAUUAAAUACAGACACAACUGAUGACACUACCACCGCUAUAUCAUAUACAAGCCCAAUUUAUGACCCAGAAUUCAUUACAACAUUAAUAUACCCACUAGGUACUAGUGCAGAUACCACAUACAGAGAGUUUAUUGACUCAGAUACUGCAAAAACAGACACUUCUAGCACAGAAACUCCAGUCAUAGACACUUCUAGCACAGAAACGCCAGUCAUAGACACUUCUAGCACAGAAACGCCAGUCAUAGACACUUCUAGCACAGAAACGCCAGUCACAGACACUCCUAGCCCAGAAACGCCAGUCAGAGACACUUUUAACACAGAAACACUAGUCACAGAUACUCCUAGCCCAAAUACGCCAAUCAUAGACAUUUCUAGCCCUCCACCAGGUAGAGACAACAUUGUUACUUCAGAGGCAUAUACAACAGAAACCACUAAAAUCACAGAUCUAGACUUAACUGAAACCACAACAUACCUCGAGACAACAACAGUCAUGCCGUCCUCAUCAGACAUCACCGAAACAACCACACCUGAGGCAACAUGGGUACCUGAAACAGACACCAUUCGCUACCCAACAGGGAGUCUUAGUAAGAUACCACUACAGUUUGCAGUGGAAGUGACUAGCACAGUAUCUUUAUGUACAUAUGGAGUCUACAGACCACUGUUUCUCCCUCCGACACCGAACAAUGGUGAAAUCCUUCAUGCCAGGGCAAGAAUGCCAUUCGAGAUACACCUCGCAGCUCAAGCAACACAUAGCAGCAUAGCAGAUUUUAGGAUCAGUGGUCCCUACAACAUGACUAAGGGGGCAGUUAAAAGAAAUGGAAACAGUGCAACAAAGAUCAUAGAAUGGACACCAACGGACAAUGAUGUUGGAGACCAUGUUCCUUUCUGUUUUGUAGCAGAAACCACCAAUGGGUACAAUUCAGAAUUAAGAUGCAUCAUUGUCAUCGUUGAUAACAUGGUGAGGACCACCUUGCUGUGUAAUGAAAACACAAUGACUCUAUUCAUUCAAAAAACCUUAUCAAAUGGUCUGUACGAUAAUCACCUGCGCCUGAUUGAUCCUCGAUGUCUGCUUACCUCCAAUAGUACGCAUCAUAUUGCAAGUGUGGGAUUUAACUCCUGUGGCACAGAAAUCGAGGAAACAGAAGAUAGCAUUGUAUUUAAAAACCAAGUGACUUCAUUUGAUGAUCUAACAUCUGUCAUUACAAGGAAGCACCAGGUGGUGAUAUCCUUUAACUGCACAUUUCCAAAAAAGAACCGCCUGUCUGUUUCAUUUCGUCCUAAAAAAGCACUUUUUGAGUUCACGGAGGCAGGAUUUGGUAAUUUCACCUACAAGUUCCAGUUCUACACGAGUGACCAGUUUACAAUUGUACAAACACAAUCUCCACUGGAGGUCUGGCUGAGAGACAUGCUCUACAUGGAGAUACAAGUAAUGUCUUCUGUACCCAAUGUACAGCUAUUUGUGGAGUCGUGCAAGGCCAGCCCGCAUGAUAAUCCAGACGAUCCAGUGUUUUAUAACAUCAUAGAAAAUGGGUGUUUAAAGGACGAAACCUUGAAAAAAUACACGGGUACAAACACAAGGUCUAGGUUUGGAUUAGAGGCGUUCACAUUCAUUGGAAAUUAUGAAGAGGUUUAUGUGAGCUGCACGGUCAUACUAUGCAAGCUAGGGGACCCCAACACACGCUGUGCUCGGGGUUGUGUCGCCAGGUCAAGUCGCCGUAGGAGGUCACUAACAGCUGAGGCAACUGAGUCACUGCAGCACUUCAUUUCCCAGGGUCCUUUGCGUAUGAAGAGACAGUCACUCAACCAAGAUUCCGGUGGGAAGGUCGCACUGAACAUUAACACUCUGAUUAUGUCCUUGUCUGGAGUCGCAGUUCUCGCUCUAGUUGCGUUGACGGCAUAUUUCAUUAUGAAGAAUUCCAGAACCACAAAUUACCAGAGGCUCUCCACAGUGGAAUCGUGAGCUGGACAUUUCUGUGCUAACAGAAACACAUUCUCAAUGCAUAUAUAGGAAAGCAAUAUACAUCUAUAUCCCUUUAGAUAUAUAAUAGUUAUCAAUUCAAAGCAAAGGCCGUAUUUUCAUUUGUAAAAUCACUGUUUGAUGUGUUGUAGAGGA